GGGGGGGCUCUCACAGCUGAUGGGGGACCGCCCAACAGCCUCCGCCAGCCUCCGUCGGAUCAGUCCAGUCAUGCUCGUCUGAGGGCUUCAGCGGAGACGCCUCCUGGUUUUUUCCACCUUUUGUUUCUUGCCGUUUUGCUCCGUGAUGCUCCGGACUUUCCUGAACACCGAGUCCCUUUGGCUCUGCUCCAGAAGCGCCGCACAUCUGCACAGGAAAUGGGUCUGUAACUAGAACUGGAAGUCCUUACCGAGCCAACAGCUGAUGGGCUCCACAUCCUGGUGCUUCCUAAUCAGACACAACCGGACCAGGAGCAGAAUCUCCUUUUAGCUUUGAUCUUCUUCCAUCUGUGGAUGAUUCCGGAUGUUGCGUCGUCGCACUGCACCACCUGAUGAAGAGGAACACCGGCUGAGUUUCUGGCACAGCAACGUGGGCCCGAGUGCCGGAGCCGAUUUCCAUCCAACUUUAAGCCUCUGGGAGUCUGACAUUAGAGAGAGAGUGUGUGUGUGUGCUGGCGUAAAUCUGUCAUGUGACUCAGAGCUCCCAUGUUGGGAUUUUAACCCUCUCCUGUGAACGAUGAGGUGGGAAACGGCGACUCAGGCCGAGUUUUGGCCGGAUCUCCGGGCAAUCUGUUGCAGCGUUGGCUGAGUGGUGCCACACGCCACCGAUCUGGGCGGCGUUCCUCCUCGACACGCUGCCCAACGUGGAGUACCCUUACGGACCAGAUUCCUGCUGAUAUCGGCUGUUGGAGGGGGAAGACCCGAGCUGCAGUAAUGCCUCGGGGCAUCACUAAUUCAUGAGCUCAGAUAGAGAUACUGGAUCUACCUGGAACCGAUCCCAGAUCUCAGCGCCACCGUUUGCUCUGAUCCGACGUGCCGCUGAUUUAGAAACCCGAGGAGACACGAGACCUUUUCUGUUGGUUUCUCCCUCCUCACGCAACUCGGGAUCAGCUGAAGGUCUUCCAUCUCUCCUGAUGCACCAGGGAGCGGCUCACCUGUCAACAGUGCAGCCAUAAGUCAGCGAGCGUGUCCUUCCAGCUGCCUGCAGACUCGCUUGGGUCCUGAGAGGUCUGGGCUGGCCGCCGCUCUGCCCGAGUCAGCUGAUUCCCCAGGAUGGUCUCUUCUGGGACGUUACUCGCGCUCCUGGUGUGAUUUCACUGCCUUUGAUAAAAACCUCGGUGCUGUUUGGAAGUCAUGGGGAACUCGAUGGGUUGUGUUCGGCCUUCCCGGGACAGAGAACAAGGUGGAGCUCAGCCGCUUCCUCCAAAGAAACGUUUCCGUUUCAGGCGCCGGCACAAAGGCAACAAGAGCAGGAGAGCAGAAGACGUCUCUGAUCCACGACGAGGACACGGUCCUGAUGAAGAUGUGGAGGACAACGCUGCAGCUGCAGGAAGCAGCAGAGUAGCGGUAACCCGCCCACACGGCAGCACUCUGUCCCCCGGGUCGGUCGGCGCCGGGGGGCUGCUGAGCAGCGGGAGACUGGAGGGGACCCCCAAACCCAGCCCCGCCUGGAGGGGGGUCUUCUGCCUCCCGGGAGAAGAAGACUCGGUCAGCGCCAUCAUCGAUGUCUCCAGCAUCCCGAGCCAAACCACCACCACCACUCCGGUCAACACGGCGCCGGUCCUUGGCAGUACCACCCCGGGUGGAGGACGGGUCUGCCGGGUCAGGGAGAAGGUCCAGGGGGUCCUGGAGAAACCCUGGAUCCUCCGACAGAGGAAGGAAAAAAGAGACGAGGUGGAAGGAGAUGAAGCUGGAGCUGAAGAUGGGACCAAGCAGGUGGCUGAGGCUCCACCUGAGCGGGAGAGGACAGGUGUGGUCCACAUCCGAGAGGUGGAUGGGAAGCUCUGCGUGGUUCGGACAGCCUACCCCUGUGAUUAUGGAUCUCCUGUGUGGAGAGGUGACAUGGAGAUCCACCAAGAGCCUCCUGGACCACCUCCUGCCAUGGAGAACAUGUCCAAAGUCCAACUGUUGGAGGACAUGGGUGGAACCCACCAGCUGGUGGAGGGAUUCAGGUUGGUGUCGUCAGCAGGAGCAGAAGGUAGGUCCCCUCCCCUGGAGUCGGGAUACUCCAGCGACCUUCCCUUAACCUCUCCAGAGACAGCGGGGACCACCCCGAGUCAGACGGACUGGGGGGGGCUGACCGCCAGCUCCUCGGAGAAAGUGGACUCCAUCAUGGACAGUCCUCUGCUGCCGCGGCAACACCUGCCACAGAUCUCCGAGAUCUACGUCUGCGGCGAGUCGGCCGACCUCACGGCUAAAGAGAAGCUGCUGUUAUGGAGCCAGCAGGCGACGGAAGGAUACCCCGGCUUCCGCUGCACCAACUUCACCUCAUCGUGGAGCGACGGGCGAAUGUUCAACGCUCUGCUGCACAGAUACAGGCCCGACCUGAUCGACAUGGAGGCGGUGUCGCGGCAGAGCAACCGCGAGAACCUGGAGCAGGCCUUCGAGAUCGCCGAGUCGUUGGGUGUGACUCGACUGCUGGACGCUGAGGACGUCGACGUUCCGUCGCCGGACGAGAAGUCGGUCAUCACUUACGUCUCUUCCAUCUACGACGCUUUUCCUAAAAUCCCGGAAGGAGGAGACGGAAUCGCCGCAAACGAAGUGGACCAGCGCUGGUCUGAGUACCAGUCCAGGUUCUUGUCUUUGCUCCAGUGGAGCCGCCAGCAGACCGCCAUCAUGGCCGACAAAAACUUCCCCCAAAACCCCGUGGAACUCAAAUCACUUUACAACGAGUACGUUCAUUUCAAAGAGACGGAGAUUCCCUCCAAGGAGACGGAGAAGACUCACCUGGAGCAUCUCUACAAGCUGCUGGAGGUGUGGAUGGAGUUUGGUCGGAUUAAACUUCCUCAGGGCCUCCAUCCCAACGACCUGGAGGAGGAGUGGGGGAAGCUCAUCCUGGAGAUGCUGGAGAGGGAGAAGGCGCUCCGGCCGGCUGUGGAGAGGCUCGACCUACUGCUUCAAAGAGCAAAUAAGAUCCAGAACACGGCCGUGGACUGUGAGGAGAAGCUGACGCUGGCUAGAAACACACUCCAGGCUGACAUGUCUCGAGCGGAGAGCGGUGAGCCGGUCCAGUGUGAGACAGAACUGGUCCUCUACCUGCAGGACUGCGAGUCUCUGAUUGGACAGCUGGAGGAUGAGCUGAAAGUCCUCCGAGACGAGAAGUACUACCAGGUGGACCAGCUGGCCUUCAGAGCUUCGUGCCUUCAGGAGGAGCUGGUCUCCCUCCGACUGCAGUGCUUCAGCGUCUACAGGAAGGGACACUUCGCUCAGGUUCUGGGCAGCACCGGGUCGGACCGCAGCAGCCUCAGAACCAGCGCCGGCUUGUCUCUGGGACAGACGCUGCUGGGAGCCGUGGCUGCCGGUCUCCUGAGGAGACCCGUGGCCCGGUCCCAGCUGGUGGCCGUGUCUUCAUCAGAGGACGAAGGAAGCCUGAGGUUCAUCUACGAGCUGCUGGGCUGGGUGGAGGAGACGCAGGAGCUGCUGGAGGGCGCCGAGUGGGGAGCAGACCUCUCGUCGGUGGAGAGCAACCUCCAGGAGCACAACAACGUCCACUCCGCCGUGGAGGAGCUGAUGAGCGGCCUGCAGGAGGCGCGCAGCUACGAGGCUAAAGUCUCCCCAAACUUUAAGGCUAAUUACUCAGAAACGCUGGCCAAGCUGGAGCAUCAGUACCUGAAACUGCUGGAACAUUCGUCAUGGCGCCUGCGGAGCCUGGAGAGCCUGCAGACGUUUGUGUCGCGCUGCACCGAGGAGCUGAUCUGGCUCAACGAGCGGGAGGAGGAGGAGAUCUCCUUCGACUGGAGCGACAGCAACUCCAACAUGAACGCCAAGAAGGAGGCGUACAGCGAGAUGAAGUUGGAGUUGGCUGAGAAACAGGAAGUGAUGCGUUCCCUCCAGGAAACGGCCAGCCGGCUGUGUCAGGAAAACCAUCCCGCUAAACAGACGGUGGAGGCCUACAGUGCAGCGCUGCAGACUCAGUGGCAGUGGGUGGGCCAGCUGUGUGUUUGUGUUGAGCAGCAUCUCAAAGACAACACUACCUACUUCCAGUUCAUGAGCGACGCUCGGGACGGUGAGUCCUACCUCCGCCAGCUGCAGGACGCCAUCAGGAGACAGUACACCUGCGACAGAAACAGCCGGCUCAGCAAGCUGGAGGACCUCCUGCAGGACUCGAUGGAGGAGAAGGAACAGCUGAUCAAGUAUCGGAGUACGGUGGCGAGCCUGGUGGGGCGGUCCAAAACGGUGGUGCAGCUCCGCCCCCGCAGCGCCGACAGCCCGCUGGACGUGGCCACGCCCAUCAGAGCCGUCUGUGACUACAAACAAAUCGAGACAAGCGUUCAGAUCACGGUAAACCGAGGAGAGGAGUGCGUCCUGCAGGACAACUCCCAGAGGACCAAGUGGAAGGUGAUCAGUCCCACGGGGAACGAGGCCAUGGUGCCCUCGGUGUGCUUCACUGUCCCCCCUCCCAACCAGGAGGCCAUCGACACUGCCGCCAGGGUGGAGCAGUCGUACCAGAAGGUGAUGUCGCUGUGGCAUCAGCUCCACGUGGACAUGAAGAGCGUGGUUUCGUGGAACUACCUCCUCAAAGACAUCCGGACCAUCUCGGGAUGGACGCUGGACACGGUCCGCAGUCAGAGUCCCUCAGACCGCCAGUACGUCGUGGACCACCUGGACGCCCAGCUGACGGACUUCCUGUCGGACAGCAAGGAGAGCUCUCUGUUCACGCCGGCGGAGCGACGCGAGCUGGAGGGGGAGGUGGAGGAGGCGCUGCAGCACUGCCAGGACCUGCUGCGGAACAUGGAGACCGCGGAGAAAGACGAGUCCGUGUCACGGUCGUACCUCUCAGAGCUACAGGACGUCGCUCUUCGUCUGAACGAGGCCGAGCAGAGGCUGACGAGGAGGAUCGAGACUCCGCCCCCCAGCCAGGCAUCAGGCGGCGUUGACCUCACGCUGCAGAUCGCGGAGCAGGAGAAGCAGCAGUCUGAGCUGGACGCUCUACGCUCCGGUUUGGGAGAUGUGUCCCGCCGCUGCCUCAGCUUCUUCCAGGAGAAGCCGACCUCCUCCAGCGUUCCCGGCCUCCAGUCCCAGCUCAGCCAGGCUGUGGAGAAGAUGGACAAGCUGCACAACCUCUCGUCGGCCUACCUGGAAAAGUUAAAAACCGUCGACGUUCUGCUGAGGAGCCUGGAGGAGGCGGAGUCUCAGGUCAGGAGGUACGAGAGCAGACUCAGUGAGGAAGACAUCGUUCCUGCAGACACCACGGCCAUCCAGAACCUCAGACAUCAGCUCGGGAGGUGGCAGGAGGAGGUCUCCGAGCACGAAGGCGUCUUUCAGGCCCUGCAGGUGCAAACGGGCCGGGCCAAAGAGGCGGGGUUUCAGCUCAGCCGGCUCCACCCAGACCGCAGCCCUGAGCUAGAACGCUACCAGGAGAGAGCCAAUCAGCUGGCAGAGAGGUGGAGCGGAGUCACGAAGCAGCUGGAGACACGACGGACCGAUCUGGAGGUUCUGGGCCUGAUUCUGCAGCAGUACAGAGACGGUCACUCGGCUCUCAUCGAGUGGAUCGAAGACACGACAGAGCGACAAGAGAACACCCACCCAGAGCAGACGGACAGCCGAGUUCUGUCAGAACAGCUGGCCCAGCAGACGGCAUUAGUAGCUGAGAUCGAGCAGAACCAGACCAAACUAGACGAGUGCCAGACUCACGCCAAACAGUACAGCUCCUCAGUCAAGGAGUACGAACUGCAGCUGAUGACGUACCGAGCCUUCGUCGAGUCGGCGCACAAGUCGCCUGUGAAGAGGAGGAGGAUGCACUCUUCGUCUGACGCCGUGACCCAGGAGUUUAUGGAAUUACGUACGCGUUACACAACGUUGGUUACCCUGACAACCCAACACGUGAGGUACAUCAGCGACGCUCUGAGGCGGCUGGAGGAGGAGGAGAAGGAGGUGCAGGAGGAGAAGCAGGCCAGAGUGGGUCAGGUCUCAGAGCUGCUGGGCUGGGUCAAAGGUCUCCAGGGACGGGCCGGAGGCCCCAGCGUCGAGUCCUCUCUAGCUGCUCAGCAGGUCAUCAGUGAGCAGCUGGCAGCCAAGAAGGACCAGGUGGCCGAAGCCAUCAGGAGCACACAGGUCUUCCUCAGGUCCAAGCAGGCCAGCAAGCUGUCUCCCGAGGAGCGCGCUCAGGUGGAGGCUCAGCUGGAGGAGCUGAUGUCGGCCUACAAGCACCUGUGUGACAGCUCCACCCAGCAGCUGCAGCAGCUGGGGCAACAGCUGGCCAAAGAGGAGGAGAGAAAGACCCGAGCUGCCAUCGCCGGGGUCAUCGACUUGGGAACAGUGGAGACCUUCUCGGUGUUCCAAGCUGCCCGACGAGGUCUUAUUGACCAGGACUCGUGCCAGGUUCUGCUGCAGGCUCAGCUUGUCCUGGGUGGACUCGUCCAUCCCGUCUCUGCUGUCCUUUACUCCCUGGACUGUGGUCUGACUCAGGACCUCGUCGACGCUCGCACCCAGCAGUCGCUGUUGGAGCUGCAGAGCGCUUUAGAUCUGAUCAAAAACACGGAGUCGCUGAGGGAUCGGGGCGUUUUACCCGCCGCCGCAGCAGUCGAGUCCGGGUUCAUCAGCGAAGAGGUGGGACUUCAAAUUUUCCACCUUCAGCUGAGCACCGGAGGACUGAGAGAUUCUUCUGGAAGGAUCCUAAGCUUGGAGCAAGCAGAGGACACGAGAGCUUUGUCUCCCCGGAUUCUAUCCAAGCUUCAUUCCCGACUACAGCUCAAAGAGCUGAUCGAUCCCAACUCGGCUGAGAAGGUGAACAUGGAGGAGCUGAAGCUGCGCUGCAUCAUCGAUGAUGACUCGGACCUUCUACUCCUUCCUGUCAAGCAGCAGCCUGGAGGAACCGUACGUCUUCGAUCCGGAAGAAAAGUCGGCAUCUUCCGUGCCGUUCAGGAAGGACUGAUCGAUCGGAAGGUCAUCGUUCGGCUUCUGGAGGCUCAGCUGUUCGCCGGUGGAAUUUCAGACCCGCGGUCCGGCCACAGGCUGACUAUCGGCGAGGCGACCCGUCAUGGACUCAUGGACCAGGAUUUAGCCUGCACCAUGUUGGCACGACAGCUGCAAAAUGGAGGAGUACUGGAUCCUCUAAGUGGAGAACGUCUGGGUCUAGAGGAGAGCAUCUGCAGGGACCUUCUCUCUCCUCGUCUGGCGCUGCUGGUUCUGGAGUCCCUUUGGUCUUUUAUGGGACUUCUUUGGCCCGAGUCUGGAGAGCUUAUGUCCAUGGCCGAAGCUCUCCAACAAGGGCUGAUCUCAGGAGCUCUGGCAACAAGCAUCUUAAGGCAAAGACAUGCAGUUGGGGGUCUGUAUGACCCGGAGACACUCCAGGUCCUCCUCCUGAACCAGGCUGAUGGACAGCUAGAACCAGAUGUUGUCCAACAUCUCAGAGAAAUUCACAUCCCAGAUGUUCUGUACAACAUGAACCAGUCAGGAACACCAUCUCUAAACCGACUGAGCUGGAGCUCCACCAGCUCCUCACCGCCUCCGUCUCCUCCAGCGGGCCUCGUGUGGGAUCGGACCGGUCCCGAAGAACAAGCCAAACACAAGCUGCUUCUUCACAUCAUGGCUCACAGCUACGUGGACGCUCAUUCUGGGACACGGCUGGUACUGCUUGACCAGGAGCUCACAACCAUGGUUAAGGAAAGCCGCCCAGCUCCAGAAGAAUCUGGCCGGGCCGAGCCCGCGGAAAGUCUGACUUUGGAAGAGUCGGGAAUGUCGAUAACUGAAGGAGACGUCAGUUUGUCAGAUGAAGAAACGACAUCCGAAGAUGAAAUCUCCAGAGUUUUAAUGCCAAGAGAUGGUGCUGGGAUUAUUGGAGGGAGCAGAACCGAAGACGUUUCUGAUUGGAGAAAUGAAAACGGACUUCAUCGGGAACCGUCGGGAAUUGUAGGAAGCAAAGAUUUAACCUCCGCAGUGGAAAAUAAAAUCCCUGCAGACACAGAAGUGAAAGAACAGAUGUCCGGAGUAGAAGAACUAAUAAAAAGCCCUGAAGAGGUGGUACCAACCCAAUCCCUACCUGGGAAUGGUCCUGAUCGGGAUGGCAGCGGCACCAUAGCGGAACCUCUAGAACCAAAGCCAGAAGAAGAAACCGAGGUUCUGUCAGAACCUGCUCCAGGAGUGGAAGCAAACACAAACCUUUACGUAACUCAAGAAUCUGGAAAUUUAAAACCUUCCAAGGCUCUUUUAACAGGAAUCGGCUCCGAGCUUCCGGACCUGGGGCUGGAAGAAGCUGAGCCGGUACUGAAAAAACCGCAGGAGGAUGCAGAGUUGGACCGAUUAGUCCUUCAGCUCAAACAAGGAGGUCUGAUGAUGGAGGGUGGAGACAAGCUGCUUCCAGAUGAAGCUGUAGCCCAGGGAGUCCUUCCAGGUCACAUAGCCGUGAAACUGAUGGCUAAGGCGGGUCUGUUCGGAGGAUUCCUGGACGCCAGCAGCGCCGAGCCUCUCAGCAUGGAGGAAGUCAUGCAGGAGGGCUUGCUGGAUGAAGAUCUGAUGUGGAGUGUCUUGAAGUCCGAUAAAACCAUAGCAGGUGUUGUUGAUGUGGAGAAAAGGCAGCUCCGUGGGGUGAGGGACGCAGCUCAGGUGGGGCUGAUUGAUUCCAACACGGCUGCUCGACUUCUAGAAGCUCAAGUGGCCUCUGGAGGCGUCGUGGAUCUUCGCAGGGAUAAGAAGGUCUCGGUCACCUUAGCAGCAAACCUGGGAUUGAUAGACAAGGAACAACGAGAGGAACUGGUGGCUCUGGAAAAGGCCUUCAAAGGAAAGGAUGCAGACUCUCCAACAAAGCUGAUGAAAGCCAGUUUACAGCUACAGAUGGACGGCAUUGUUGACCCAGAGUCCAAGUCUCCGGUUCCUCUGGAACAAGCUCUUAAGAAAGAGUUAAUAACAUCCCAGGAGGCUUAUCAGGUGUUGGCCAAGCAGGUAGCUGAAGGCGGGAUCAUACACCAUGCUUCAGGAAUGAGGCUGUCGGUCUCUGAUGCUGUUGACCGAGGACUAGCAGACCGCUCCAUCGCCCCCGGGCUUGAGGAUCUAGAGUGGGUCUAUCAAGGAAAAGUCAGUGCGUCAAGUAACCCGGAAGCCAUCGCGUUCCAGGCAUCAACCGGAGCGGUUUCGGACCCUGAAACCGGAGUCAAGCUGACCCUGGCCGAGGCGGUUUCCAAGGGUCUUCUAGACCAGGACACAGCCCGUGAAGUCAUGUCGUCUCCAGCCGUCACAAAAGGCGCAGUCCACCCCCAAACUGCCCGCGUCGUUCCGUAUUCGGAGCUCGUAAACCAGGGCAGGAUCGACAUCGAAACGGGAAAACGCUUCUUAGAGGUGAAACCGUUCCAAGGUGUUUGGGAUCAUCAAACCAGGGAGAACUUGACCCUUUCUGAGGCUGUCGCAUUGAAACGAGUCGACCCGGUUCCGGCUCUGAGGCUGCUCCAGAGCCAGGCGGACAGCGGCGGGAUCAUCGAUAUCCGAACCGGAGAAAGACUCCCGCAUACCAGAGGUUUGGUUGGAGACGAUAUGGUGGCAGAAAUCGCCUCAAACCAGCUGAUGAAAGGUGGUUUAGUUGGUCCCGCCUCCGAACGGCGGGUCUCGAGUCUCAGAGAGCUGCUGGAGGCAGAUGAUGGGUCAGGCCCAGAUAGUACUGACUCCGAGACGUCCUCCAGAUGUCCUCCUCCUAUGAAAUCUGUCGAGGUCACUCGGGAUGACGACCAGAGAUUCACACCUGUAGUCCCAGACCAGAUUCUGACCAAAACUCCAGAAGAAGAAGCAUCAGAAGGACCAGAGCCAGUGGAGGCUUCACCUGAGCCGGACCAGUCCAUGGACAUCCUCCUAACAUUUGCUUCCAACGUCGAGAGAAGAAUCCAGCGAACCAUAGAAGAGAUAAAACUACAGAAAGAUGCUGAAACAUCAGAGGUUCUUCUGAAACAGGAACCUGGUCAGAGGCUGGUCCAGGAGAACAUCUUCAGAGGAGAGACUCCUCAGAUGGUGGUCUGUCCUUCAGAAGAAGACGCUCAGGACAACGUCAUAGAAGAAAGGAAGGAUGAAGGUGACCAUCAAGCAUCUGGAGAAGUACAUACGACAAAAGUUAGAGAGGACAGAGAAACGAGAGACAGAAACGUGCUGCUGGCCGUGUCUGAGAAGACGAGAGGAGAGGAUUCAAGGCCACAGGAGGAUGUGAAACGUCCAGAGAUGCAGGCUGAUGCCAGGCAGUCCGAUCAGGUCGGGACUUCGGCGAGUCAAGAGUCGGAAAACAAAACCAAAAAGAAAAGAAAGAGCAAAAAGAAGACUAAAGGUAAAGAGAUGGAAACGCAUCUUCCAGAAGUUAAGCAUCCAUCCAGAAAGGAUGCAGGAUCCUCGGAGGCUGCUGACGAAGACGCUGAUGAACCAAAAGGUCCUCAGAUGUCUGACAGUCCAGCAGCUCUCCCUGACACUCCUCAGAUAGGAAGUUUAGAGCAGACUGAUGCUGGACAGGACUUAGUGAAGCAGGAGCAGGAAGAGGUUUCUGUUGUUGAGAAAGACGAGGCUAAAACGAUGUUGAUGAAAGACCCAGAGGAGGUUGAUGAGGAGGUGGUUCUGGUCUCUGAGCAGCAGGAACCAGAGAAGAACCAGGAGCUGCUCAAAAGGACCACUCUUGGAGAAGAGGAGAGAGCAGCGUUGGUCCUGAAAGCCGAAGAGGGCAUUCUUAAAAAGGUGUUUGAGAAAAACGUCAGUGAGAAGCAGGCUGCUGAGGAGCUGGAGGCUCUGAGAUGCAAGGAGGUCAGGAAGACGGAGAGUAAAGUCACGCCUGCUGGAGAUCAAACGGCACAAAGUCCUGACAGCGAUGCUGGAACGAGACGGACAACAAGAGCAGAAGAUGAGCCUGGAGCGUCUUCAAACGAGACGGAGAAGGUGAGAGAGGGUAAGAAGGGCAUGGAGGCAUCAGCGCAGACCAAAGAGGCUCAGCAAAGUAAAAGAAGCAGGAAGAGCAAAAAGUCUUCAAAGGUUCCAGGCAGAGAAGGUCCUGAUGCUGAGGAAGCCCCCUCAGGUGUGGAGUCUGCUAUCACACCGGCUCCAGCAGCUCCAGAACUCGUCGGCUCCGGAACAACUGGCGCCAUCGGGAGGUCUUCAGAGGAGAAGCCAGCCGCUGAAACUCAAAGUCCAACCAAACCCGGGACAGAAGGUUCACACACAAACACGGGCGGCUCCACCCUGUCAUCCCGAGAUGUUUCAGUCAGGCUGGACCUCCAGGUGGUUGCUCCUGGUCCUGAAAGAAGUAAACGGAUAAAAUCACCACCUGGAGCCGAGAGUCCAGAGGGUCCAGAAUCUCCAAAAGUCCUGCAGCAGCUUCCAGACGCUCCAGAAAUAAUGACCUUGGCUUCAGGAACGUCGGAAGUCCCCAGAGAGGCUGAUCCUGAUGUCUCACCUGAGAGCCUGAGUCCUGAAGCUUCAGCCGCCUCGGGAGCGUCGUCCGGGAGCAAGUCUUCGCUGCUCCGUCAGGAAUGUUUGGAGCACGACCAGAGGAUCGUAGCUCUGGUCUCCAUGAUCAGACACGCGGAGGUCAGACUCAAGCGGCAGCAGCAGCAGGCGGUGGGCCGCGGUCUGGUCGGGCUGGACGACAUCAUCUCUCAAACUGAGACUCUGGACCUCGAGCUGAGGGACUUGGAGCCUGAGAUUAGGAAAGAGGUAGAAGCUGCUGAGCGACUGUUGAAUCCCAGACCGGACCACAUUCCUCUGCAGCUCCUAUUGGCUCUGGAGAAAGAUGGGCGGAGCUUGGCUCGUGGGUACGAGGCGGCUAACGUUCUCUCCGAGGGAAUCCUGCGCAGCCUGAGAGACCGCCGAGCCUCGUGCAAGGAGGCGGUGACGGCCCAGCAGAGGUCUCUGGGACGAAACGUGGACACGCUGCUGCUGUGGCUGAAGGAGACCGAAGGAAGGAUGGACAGAAAGGAUGGAGACAGGAACCAGGAUGAGAUCAGUCAGCAGCUACACCUCUGCAAGGAGCUCCAGUCCUCCCUGUCGACCCGGUCCAGUGAGGUCAACGACCUGAUCUUUGACAUCCAGCUGUUCAUCUCCGAGCGGGCGCAGGACCUGAGCCCGGAUCAGAGCAGGCGGCUUCUGGGGCAGCUCCAGCAGCUGCAGGGGGCCUUCCACCGAGCGUGGGGCCAAGCCGAGGCCUGGGCCGAGGUUCUGUCUGCCCAGCAGAACCGAGAGGAUGAGCGACAGAUCAGGGAGAGGCUGAAGGAAGACAAGAAGGAGAGAGAGGUGGUCCAGCAGCAGAGAGCGGAGUGUUCUCACACACUAGAAGGUCUCAACCUGUGGUUGGCUGGAGCCGCCAGCCUGCUGGCCAAUCAGAGAGCCGGAGCGGAGUCAGGUGACGUCAGCGUCCUGCAAGAGAAGCAGAGGAAGUUGAAGGAGGUUCAGAAGGAGCUCGGCGCCAGGGCUGAAGGUGUCGCCAAGGCCGUGCGCUCGGUGGAGGAGCUCCUGGCUGAGAGAGGAGAGAGUCUGAGCCCAGAGGAGAGGUCCGACCUCCAGGAGGCGCUAACCCGGCUGAAGGAGCAGUACAGCGCUCUGACAGACUCGGCAAACACGUCGGUGUCGGCGCUGGACUCGGCCAUCAGCACCACGGUCCAGCAGAACAGCCAGAGGGCUAAAGCAGAAGAAGACCUGCAGGAGACCCAGACCCGGAUGGACGCUCUGCUGAAGGAGCUGAACCAGACCGGCAGAACCGGGUCGGCUCUGGACGUUCCUGAUGCGCAGCCUUCACCACCAGAGGGCGCUGUGGUGUCUCACACAGAGAGGCUGCAGGUGGAGCUGCAGCAGCUUCAGGCCCAGCAGGCUCCGCUGCUGCAGGUGACCCAGUCGGUCCGGUCCCUCCUGGAUCAGCCCGACUCCACGGUUCCUCCUGAGGAGAAGCGGAGACUCCGAGCUGCCCUGGACCAGCUGCAGGCUCAGCACCAGAACCGGCUGCAGAGCUGCCAGGACCGUCUCAGGAAAUCCGAGGCUCUGAAGGAUGAGCUGACCAAAUUCGUCCAGGAACACGGAGAUCUGUGCUCCUGGCUGGACCUGAGUGAACAGGAGCUUUGUUCCCUGGGGGAAGGAGAAACCGACGCACACGGGCUGAAGGACCGACUGGAGGAGCACAGAAAGCUCGGUGAGGAAGUCAUCUGCCACAAGGCCGACCUGCGCUUCGUCUCCAUCUCCGGUCAGAAGGUUCUGGACUCGGUUCAGGCAGCUUUGGAGCAAGCUGGCGGAUCCGAAGCGGCCCUGAACAGCAUCCGGCAGCUGGUGUCGGAGAAGCUGCAGGAUUCCAGCCACAGAUACACGACCCUACACACCAGAUCCACAGAGCUCGGCAGCCAUUUGUCCGGGUUGUUGGAGCGGUACCAGCAGUACCAGGAUGAGGUCAUCUCCCUCCACUCCUGGCUCAGCAACCAUGAACAGAACCAAAGCAUCUCCACGUCCAGCGGCGACACCGACCCGCAGAACCUCCAGAGCGCUCUGAGACAAGUCCAGCUUCUUCAGGACGAGCUGGCGGAGCGCUCGGUGCAGCUGGAGAAGGUCCAGAGAGCUGGCCGGGUUCUGGUCAGCACCGACGAGGCCCCGUCUCUGAAAGCUGUGGACAUCCUCUGUGCUGCAGACGGUUUGGAGAAGAGGUUCGGGAGCCUCUCUGCGUCGGUGUCGGAGCGGGCCGAGCAGCUGCAGACCGCCAUGGCCCAGUCCGUCAGCGUCCAGGAGAGCCUGAAGGGCCUGCUCAGCUGGCUGGACCAGCUGGCCCUAGACCCCAGUCCAGUAGAGCCCACAGCUCAGGCUGUACAGGACGCUCUGACCCAGAACCAGAAACUCCGACAGGAGCUGCUGUCCCGGCAGGGCAGCGUGGAGGCCACUCGGGACUCUGUUUCCAAACUCCUCCUGAGCUCCGACUCGUCCACGGCGCCGGGCCUCCAGAGCGGUUCGGAGGAGCUGACCCGGCGCUACGCUGCAGCGCUGACCCGCCAGGCAGAGCAGGAGGCCGAGCUCAGAGCGCUGCUGCCCCACCUGGAGAGCUACGAGAGGCUCGGGACCGACCUGCAGGUCUUCACCCAGACCCGGAUGAAGGUUCUGAGCCCGGCGGGACAACCGGACCGCAGCGUGGGCGACUACCGGCAGACCAUCGAGGAGGUGAAAUCGGAGUUGGAGCAGGAAGUGGGUCAGCUGAAGGGGUUCUGCAGCCUCGGUACCGAGCUCAGCCAGUCCAAAGCUUUCCGUAACACUCAGAGUGUGCUGGACAAGGUCAGGGGGGUGACGGACGAGUUCACCAGGCUGCAGGAAAACAUCAACGACAGGUUUUCUGCCGCCCAGGCUUGCGAGCAGCAGCUCCUGGACUUCCGCGGCCUCUCCGCAUCCAUCGUCCGCUGGCUUCAGACGGCCCAGGACCAGCUGACGUCCAAAGAGUCCAACCUGGACACCGAAGGCCUGCAGAGGCGAGUCCGGCAGCUGCAGGAGCUGCUGGCCGACUGGACCGCUCAGGGAUCCAGAGUUCAGGAGCUGAACAGAACCGGUUCUGAGCUGGAGUCGCUCAUCAUCGAUGUCACAGCCCCUCAGACCAAAACCGGUGUCCCUCAGGUCAACGGGUCAGCAGGUCCCAGCAGUCUGAACGGGGUUCACACCUGUAAAGACCUGACGGAGCUGCAGGUGUCGGUGUCGGAUGUAAACGCCCGCUACGACCAUCUGGGCGGAGACCUGAAGGAGCGUCUCAGCCGCCAGCAGGCGUCUCUGGAGCUGAGACUCAAGGCCAGACGGGACGCCGAGGAGCUGAAGAGCUGGCUGAGCGGCCGGGAGCAAAGCCUGAAACGGAGCCAGGCGGCGUCGCCGUCCAAACCCGAGGCGGUCCGCGCUCAGGCCCAGCAGAACAAGGCUCUGCUGUCGGAGCUGGCCGAGCAUUCUGGGAAAGUCGAGGACCUGAAGAGUUCAUUAAGGAAGCUGAUCGCCGACCAUCCCGAUUCUCCUGAGACCGAGACCUGGAGGCAGCAGCUGCAGGACAUCGACUCCCGCUGGCUCUCAGCCAAUCAGACGGCUGCUCAGAGGCAGACCGAGCUGGAAGCGUGUGCCGACCGACUUGGCAGCUUCGCCUCGGCGGCCAAUCAGCUGGCUCCGUGGCUGCGGGAGAAGGAGCUGAUGAUGAGCGUCCUGGGACCUCUGAGCAUCGACCCAAACAUGCUGAACACGCAGAAGCAGCAGGUUCAGUUCAUGCUGCGUGAGUUUGAGACACGGCGGCCCCAGUUUGACCAGCUGACCCAGUCGGCUCAAGGAAUCCUCUCCCAGACCGGUGACUCCCCUCAGGACCCCAAGGACCUCGAGGAGGUCCGGGCUGAGCUGGGCUCCAUCUCCCAGCAGUGGGAGGACCUCACUAGCAGGCUGACGCAGAGGUCGAGCCACAUCGAUCAGGCUCAGGGAACCAGCGAGCGGUACCAGGCUCUGCUCCAAGAUCUGUCCUCCAGUGUCUCUGCUCUGGGCGAGCAGCUGGACGCUCGGGCCUCUCUGAGCGGGCAGCCUGAAGCGCUUAAGUGUCAACUGCAGGAGACCGGAGAGAUCCGCUCGGAGCUGGAGCGACGACGGUCCCAACUUUCCGAGGCUGAGAAGCUCUGCCAGGAGCUGAGCGCCAUCGUGGCCGAGCCGUACCUGAAGGAAGAGCUCAGUAAACGUCUGGAGAGCGUCAGCGCUCCACUCCGGAGUCUGGAAGAGCGAGCAGCCGACAGCCUCUCCCAGCUCCAGGCUGCCCUCUCCUCCACUCAACAGUUCCAGCAGAUGUUUGAGGAGCUGCGCUCUUGGCUCGAUCAGCAGUCCGACCCGAAGGAACCGUCCUCGGACUCUCUGCCCUGUUGGUCCGACGCGAUCCGGGCCCUGCUGGCCCAGACCGAGGAGCGGCAGCGUGAGAUAGCCAGCCAGCGCGGUUCCUACGAGCUGAUCCAGGCCGAGGGGGUGUCUCUCCUCGCAUCUCUCCCGGCAGACGAACGGUCCGCUCUGCAGUCCCGUCUGGCCUCCCUGAGACAGGACUGGGACGGGUUAAACCACCGGAUCUCGGAGCGGGAAGCCCGACUGAAGAACUGUCUGAACAAAGCAGAAACGUACCAGCACCACAAGGCUGAGCUGAUCCCGUGGCUAGCAGAGUCCGAGGAGAAGGAUGCAGGGAUUCGUCCGUCUCUGGACUCAACUGUUCUGGACGAGGCCUUGCAGAAGGCCCGGGUUCUGUCCAUGGACCUGGAGAGGCGCCAGCCGCUGUUGGAGGCGUUCAACACGGCAGCCGACCAGCUGCUGGAGCAGUGCUCCGUCGGGGAGGAGGAGCUACGAGACGAGAAGGCCCAGCUGAACCGACGGGUGGAUGGGCUGAGUGGGAGGCUGCUGAACCGGACCUCCCAGCUGGAGGAGCUGGCCAGCCGCCUGAAGGAGUUUGAGGAGGGCAGGCGGGCUGUGGAGCGGAGGCUGGAGGCUGCCAAGCAUCAGAUAGAAGUCCAGGAGGCUCUGGGACCUCAGGCGUGCAGCGCCAAAAGCUUGGAGAGGUUAAGGAGUCAGCAGGAGAGUCUGAGGUCGCUGCAGCCCCAGGUGGUCUACCUCCGCGACCUGGCCCAGGGGCUGGUUCAGGACGCCCCCCAGACACCAGGGGGCAGCACUGAGGGGGCACAGAGUCUUCAGGACCAGGCCAGAGAAACCCAGAGAGGAUACGAUGAUGUCACUGAUAAGAUCGAGCAGUGCUGCUCCUCCCUGGAGUCGCGUCUCCAGGGUGUGGGUGAGGUCCAGUCCCACGUUAGGGACGUCUUCUCUCGUCUCACCGACCUGGACGAUGAACUGGACUCGCUCAGUCCCGUCGGACGCGAUGCCGACUCCCUGGCCUCCCAGUCUGAUGCCGUGAAAAGCUUCCUGUCCCGCCUGGUGGACCUCAGGACGGAGCUGGAUGGCCACGCGUUGGAGUGCAGCACCAUGCUGAGGCGAGAAGGCUCCUCCCCCGACCUGCUGGCGCUCCGAAGGGAGACGGAGGCGCUGAGCCGCCAGGCGGGAAAGCUGAGCGACCGCGGCCAUGCCCGGCUGGGUCAGAUCCAGGAUGCUGCUGAGAGGGUUGAGGACUUCUACCGGCUGGUGGCGCAGCUGCAAGGCCUGCUGGGACGAGCGGAGGAGGGGCUGACCGCUCAGGGUGUGGUUGGCUCAGAGGUGGAGACGAUUAAACAUCAGCUUCAGGAGUUCAAGGCUGUGGAACGGGAGCAGGUGGACGUCAUCCAGCCGAGGCUGCAGCACGUCAACGCCGUGGGUCAGGGUCUGAUCCAGAGCGCCGCCAAGCACACGGACACCCAGGCGCUGGAGCACGACCUGGAGACCACCAACCUCCGAUGGAACUCGCUCAACAAACGGGUUGCCGAGCGGAUCGCCCAGCUCCAGGAGGCCCUGUUGCAUUGUGGGAAGUUUCAGGACGCUCUGGAGCCUCUGCUCAGCUGGCUGAGUGACACGGAGGAGCUGGUAGCCAAUCAGAAGCCUCCUUCAGCCGAGUACCGCGUUGUGAAGGCGCAGAUCCAGGAGCAGAAGCUGCUGCAGAGGCUGUUAGACGACCGCAGGCCGACCGUAGAGAUGAUCCGAGCGGAAGGAGAGCGGAUCGCCGCCACAGCAGACUCUCAGGACCGGGAGAAGAUCCGGAUCCAGCUCCAGAAUCUGUCCGAGAGGUGGUCGGAUCUGCUGGGCAAGGCCAGCUCCAGACAGAGACAGCUGGAGGAGCUGCAGGUUCUGGCUCUUCAGUUCCACGAAGCCCUGGAGCCGCUGGGGGAGUGGCUGAGCACCACCGAGAGACGCCUGAGCUCCGCCGAGCCCAUGGGAACCCAGACCGCCAAAAUCACCCAGCAGAUCGUCAAACACAAGGCGCUCCAAGAUGACGUCUCCUCCCGAGAGGUCGAGGUGGACCACCUCGAGUCCCUCAGCCAGUCGCUGUUCCCGCUCAGCUGCACGGCCGAUCGGGAUUGGCUGCGUGAGCGCGUGGGGGCUGUGAGGUCGGGUCACUCGGAGCUCUCUGAUUGGUGCUCGCGGCGGGCGGGGCUGCUGGAGCAGGCCCUGGCCAACGCCCAGCUGUUUGGGGAGGAGGAGGUGGAGGUGCUGAACUGGCUGGCGGAGGUGGCUCAGAGGCUGGAUCAGGUCUCGGUUCAGAGCUACCGACCCGAGCUGCUGGCCGAGCAGCACAAGCACACUCUGGCUCUGAAUGAAGAAAUCGUGAGCAGGAAGAAAACCGUGGACCAGGCCAUCAAGAACGGCCAAGCUCUGCUCAAACAGACCACAGGUGAGGAGGUGCUGCUGAUCCAGGAGAAGCUGGACGGGAUCAAGUCUCGUUACGCGGAGAUGACGGCCGGCAGCAGCAAGGCGCUCCGGACGCUGGAGCAGACGCUGCAGCUCGCCACUCGAUUCGCCAGCGCACACGAAGACCUCAACCAGUGGCUGGACGGCGUGGAGGCGGAGCUCAACAACGUGGAGCCUGAUGCCUCACCGGCCUACCAGGAGAGACAGAAGGAGCUGAAGAAAGUCUCGGCGGAGAAGCGUCUGGUUCUGGACACGGUGAACGAGGUGGGCAGCGCCCUGCUGGACCUGGUACCGUGGCGAGCCCGAGAAGGUCUGGACCGGCUUGUGGCUGACUCCAACCAGCGGUACCGACAGGCUGACGAGACCAUCACUCAGCGGGUUCAGCUGGUGCAGGCUGCCAUCCAGAGGUCACAGCAGUACGAGGAGACGGUGGACGCGGAGCUGGCCUGGGUCGGAGAGACGGAGCGGAAGCUGGCGUCUCUGGGUCCUCUGAGUCUGGAGCCGGACCUGACUGUGGCUCAGCUCCAGGUCCAACGGGCUUUCAACAUCGACAUCAUCCGACACAAAGACACCGUGGACCAGCUGCUGGGUGUCAGAGACGAGGUUCUGGAGGCCUGCAGCGACGCUCAGAAGGACGCUCUGAUGGUGAAGACGGACUCUCUGAGUUCUCGGUAUGAUACCGUGAGCCAGAACCACAAUGAGCGGUUCUUGGCUCUGGAGCAGGCUCAGAUUCUGGUGGCCCGGUUCUGGGAGACCUACGAGGAACUGGAGCCGUGGUUGGGAGAGACGGAAGCUCUCAUUGGUCAGCUUCCCCCUCCAGCCAUCGACACAGACGCUCUCCGGCUGCAGCAGGACCGGAUGAGGCUGCUCAGAGAGUCCAUCGCCGAGCACAAGCCGCACAUCGACAAGCUGCUGAAGAUCGGACCUCAGCUGGCCGAGCUCAGCCUGCAGGAGGGGGCCACGGUGACGCGGCGCUACGCCGACGCCGAGAAACGCUACCUCGCCAUUAAAGAGGAGGUGAAAGGUCGCGCUACCAAGCUGGACGAGGCCGUGUCUCAGUCUGCACAGUUCCACGAUAAGAUGGACCCGCUGCUGGAGACCCUGGAGGGGGCAGUGCAGCGGCUGCGGCAGCCUCCUCCGGUGGCGGCGGAGGUGGAGAAGAUCCGGGAGCAGCUGGCAGAGCACCGAGCUCAGGGCCUGGAGCUGGACAAGCUGCUGCCGAGCUUCUCUGCCCUCUGCGCCCGCGGGGAGGAGCUCAUCGGCAGGGCGGCCCACGACGACCCUGCAGCUCAGGCCGUUCGUUCCCGCCUCCUUCGCCUUCGCUCUCUGUGGGACGAGAUCCGUCAGCGAGCUGAAGAGAGGGAGGGCAAACUCAGUGACGUCCUAGACCUGGCCGGGAAGUUCUGGUCCGACGUGGCGGCUCUGCUGAGCACGCUCCGGGACUCCCAGGAUAUCGUGAAGGAGCUGGAGGACCCGGGAGUCGACCCGUCGCUCAUCAAACAGCAGAUCGAGGCCGCUGAGGCCAUCAAGGUGGAGACGGACGGUCUGCGGGAAGAGCUGGAGUUUGUGCGGACCCUCGGGGCUGAUCUCAUCUUCGCCUGCGGAGAAACGGAGAAACCCGAAGUUAAGAAGACGAUAGACGAGAUAAACGCUGCCUGGGAGGGGCUGAACCGGACCUGGAGGGAGAGGAUGGAGAGGCUGGAGGAGGCCAUGACCGCCUCGGUCCAGUACCAGGACGCUCUCCAGUCGAUGUUCGACUACCUGGACAACGCCGUGAUCAAGCUGUGUGACAUGUCGCCCGUGGGAACCGAUCUGGGAACGGUCAAACAGCAGAUAGAAGAGCUGAAGCAGUACAAGGUGGAGGUGUACCAGCAGCAGAUCGACAUGGAGAAGCUCUGCCACCAGGGGGAGCUCCUUCUGAAGAAAGUGUCGGACCAGACCGACCGGGACAUGAUCCAGGAGCCGCUGACCGAACUCCGGCACCUCUGGGAGAAUCUGGGUGAUAAAAUCACCCAAAGACAGCACAAGCUGGAGGCGGCCCUGCUGGCCCUGGGUCAGUUCCAGCACGCCCUCGCAGAGCUGCAGGCCUGGCUCAGCCACACACACGCGACUCUGGACACGCAGCGACCCGUCAGCUCCGACCCGAAGGCCAUCGAGAUCGAGCUGGCCAAACACCACGUUCUGCGUAACGACGUCCUGUCCCACCACGCCACGGUGGAGACGGUGAACAGUGCCGCCGCCGAGCUGCUGGAGUCCUCUCCGGGAGACGAGGCCAGCUGUCUGCGGGAUCAGCUGGAGCAGCUGAACCAGAGCUGGGAGGGUCUGCUGCUGAAGAGCCGGGAGCGCCAGAAGCUGCUGGAGGACGCCCUGCAGCAGGCUGAAGGUUUCCAUGGUGAGUUGGAGGAGUUCCUGCAGUGGUUGAGGAGGACCGAGAGCCAGCUGUCUGCAGCCAAACCAACAGGGGGUCUCCCGGAAACAGCCAGGGAGCAGCUCCAGCAGCACACGGAGCUGCAGGUGCAGCUGAGUCAGCGAGCGGACCAGUACCACCGUCUGCUGGAUCAGGGAGAGUCCAUGCUGCUGGCCCGGGGAGGAGAGGAGGCAGGACCCGGGACCACCCAGACCCAGCAGAACCUGGCCAUGCUGCAGAACAAGUGGGCCAGCCUCAACACCAAGAUGGACGACCGUAGGGCUAAACUGGAAGAGGCCGUUUCCUUGGCAACGGGCUUCCAGACGUCUCUGCAGGACACCAUCAACUGGCUGACUCAGGCCGAGCAAACCCUGAACAUGGCUCAGCCUCCGAGCCUCAUCCUGGACACGGUCCUGUUCCAGAUCGAUGAGCACAAGGUGUUUGUGAACGAGGUCAACACCCACAGAGAGCAGGUUCUGGCUCUGGAGAAGGCCGGUUCUCAGCUCCGCUUCGCCAGCCUAAAGCAGGAUGUGGUUCUGAUCAAGAACCUGCUGCUCAGUGUCCAGGCCCGCUGGGACAAGCUGGUUCAGAGGUUUCUGGACCGGGGCCGACACCUGGAUGAGGCCCGCAAACGAGCCAAGCAGUUCCACGAGGCCUGGAGGAAGCUGACAGACUGGCUGGAGGAAGCUGAGAGGAAACUGGACUCUGAGCUGGAGAUCUCCAACGAACCCGACAAGAUCAAAGUGCAGCUAGCCAAACACAAAGAGUUUCAGAAGGCUCUGGGAUCCAAGCAGCCGGUUUAUGACACCACGGUGAGGUCUGGGAAGGCCAUGAGGGACAAAGCUCUGCUGCCUGCAGACCAGCAGAAACUGGAUCACCUGGUGGGGGAAGUUCGAGAUAAGUGGGACACCGUCUGUGGCAAGAGCGUGGAGAGACAACACAAGCUGGAGGAAGCUCUGCUGUUCUCAGGUCAGUUUGCAGAAGCUCUCCAGGCGUUGGUGGACUGGCUGUACCGCGUUGAGCCUCAGCUGGCUGAAGACCAACCUGUCCACGGAGACCUGGACUUGGUGUCGAACCUCAUGGACACGCACAAGGUCUUCCAGAAGGAGUUGGGUAAGAGAACCGGCAGCGUCCAGGCUCUGAAGCGUUCAGCCAGGGACCUGAUGGAGACGGGCCGGGACGACACGGCCUGGGUCAAAGUUCAGCUUCAGGAGCUGAGCAACCACUGGGAGACGGUGUGCGCUCUGUCGGUCAGCAAGCAGAGCCGCCUCCAGCGGGCGCUGAAACAGGCGGAGGAGUUCCGCACGGCGGUUCAGGUGCUGCUGGAGUGGCUCUCAGAGGCAGAACAGACGCUCCGUUUCCGCGGCGUCCUCCCCGAAGAGGCGGAGACUCUGCAGGCGCUGCUGCACUCUCACAGAGACUUCAUGGGGACGGUGGAGGAGAAGAGGGCCGACGUGAACAGGGCUGCUGGCAUGGGGGAUGGCAUCCUGACGGUGUGUCACCCUGACUCCAUCACCACCAUCAAACACUGGAUCACCAUCAUCCGGGCGCGCUUCGAGGAGGUGCUGACGUGGGCCAAGCAGCACGAGCAGCGGCUGGAGACGGCUCUGGCCGAGGUCCUCAACAACGCCAACCUUCUGGAGGAGCUGUUGUCAUGGUUACAGUGGGCCGAGACCACACUGGUCCAGAGAGACACGGAGCCGCUUCCUCAGGACAUCCCGCAGCUGAAGACCCUCAUCACAGAGCACCAGACGUUCAUGGAGGAGAUGACCAGGAAGCAGCCGGAUGUCGACAAAGUGACUAAAACCUACAAAAGGAAACCGACCGAGGCUCCCAGCAGCCUGGCCGAGCGGAGAGGAGCUCGCAAACCGCAGCAGCAGCCUCAGGCGGCGGUGCAGCUUUCAGGAGGAAACCCGCGACUCACCCAGCUGUGCGCCCGAUGGCAGCAGGUGUGGCUGCUGGCCCUCGACCGCCAGCGGAAACUCAACGAUGCUCUGGAUAGGCAGGAGGAGCUGAAGGAGUUUGCUAACUUUGACUUCGACGUGUGGAGGAAGAAGUACAUGCGCUGGAUGAACCACAAGAAGUCCCGCGUCAUGGACUUCUUCAGACGCAUCGACAAGGACCAGGAUGGAAAGAUCACACGGCAGGAGUUCAUUGAUGGGAUCUUGGCCUCCAAAUUCCCAACCAGUAAGUUGGAGAUGUCUGCUGUGGCGGACAUCUUUGACCGAGACGGAGACGGCUACAUCGAUUACUACGAGUUUGUCGCAGCUCUUCAUCCCAACAAGGACGCCUACAGGCCGACCACGGACGCCGAUAAGAUCGAGGACGAGGUGACGCGGCAGGUGGCCCAGUGUAAGUGUGCCAAGAGGUUCCAGGUGGAGCAGAUCGGAGAAAACAAGUACAGGUUCUUCCUCGGGAACCAGUUCGGCGACUCCCAGCAGCUGCGCCUGGUCCGGAUUCUGCGCAGCACGGUGAUGGUGCGAGUCGGAGGAGGCUGGAUGGCUCUCGACGAGUUCCUCGUCAAGAACGACCCGUGCAGAGUGCAACAUCCAGGACUUAAGAUUCUCCGCUCCGAUUCCAGUAGCUCCAUCUCAUCUCGUAUAGUGACAGUCACUCCUGGCUAUUUCUGCUGCCGAGCUCGCGGCCGCACCAACCUGGAGCUGAGGGAGAAGUUCAUCCUUCCUGAGGGAGCCUCUACGGGCCUGGCUGCCUUCCGAUCCCGGGGCCGACGCUCCAAACCAGGCUCCCGUAACGCCUCCCCCACCCGCUCCUCCUCCUCAGCCUCCCACAGUGGCGCCUCCCUCCCCUCGGCGCCCUCUGCCCCCGCCACCCCGACUGCCUCGGCGUCAUCCAGGUCCUCCCUCACCCACUCGCGUGACUAUGCCAAGCCCUGGCUUGCACACAGUAAAACUCCAACGCCAACCAAGUGCCACUGCUGCUCAGACCUCGGUCACAACCACUGCACCCCUGGGCACGAGGGGGCGACAUCCGGGUCCAAACUGAAGAGGCCCACGUUCCAUUCCAGCCGAGGCUCGCUGAGCGGAGAGAACGGAGGAACGACGCACGGCAGCAAGCGAACAGAUCCAAAGCGAGGAGCUGCAACAGCCAGCGGUCCAACCAGCCGCGCUGGCAGCAGAGCUGGCAGCAGGGCCAGCAGUCGCCGUGGCAGCGACGCCUCUGACGCGUCAGAACUUCAGGACGCUCGCUCCGUUUGCUCCGACACUUCAGACACCCCGAGACGACCUGGCAGCGGAGCCAAACCCUCCAAGAUCCCGACCAUUUCCAAGAAGACCCCCAGCCCAAAGACCCCGGGAUUGGUAAAGAAGUAAACCUGAGGUCGGGGUGUCAUGGCCGUCGUGCACGCACCAGCGUCGCUCUGGACUUCCAUCCAGAGGGCUCGUCUAGAACUUCUGCGCUGUGACUGAAUUUUUAUGUUUCCUGAGGGAAGCGUGAGACGUAUAGUCUGAGUGAGUGUCCGUCUCACCUCUCCCCGUCUCUGAGAUAGACUGAACUUGCACAAGAGUCUGGGGUCAACACUGACUUUAUGCCUUCAAGACCCCGUUUGCCUCCCAGAGCGUCCCCUGGUGGCGGGGAAGCAAACACCGCCUGACCUGACGUGAUGCUGCCUUACUUCAUGCUGCACACUUUGUCCUGAUGAGCCGGAGUGCCGGACGGACUAGCUAACCCGUUUCUCCAGAGGGGGGGGGGGGGGGGGGGGGGCGGCCUCCACCACAGCUGCACAAACACAAAACGGAGAGAACUGUGGGUGAAUUUUUUUUGGCUUGUGGGCCAGAUGCCUCAAGGAUGGGUCAAAAAAGAAAAUAUGCAACCGACUGCCAUGUCGUUUCCCUGGGCUGGCUGGCGAGAAAACAGCCACUUCAGCAGCGGUGAGCUGAGCUAGGAGGCAGACAACGCCGUCUGACGCACACAGGCGGUCAGAGGAUCGGUGGCGGUGCAGCGGAGAGCAAACACACUCACGCCGACUCCUCCCAACCGCCGGAGAUCAGCCUCACGUCUGCUUUCCAGCUGAGCGCUGCGUGGCGUCCUCACAGAAUAAUCACACGCUAGCAGUAGACGACUAACAGCACAUUACUGACGACACGUGUGACCUAACCGAUGGUGACAACCAGCAUGCACUAACUGUCUGUUGCCCUUAGCGACCCCGUUGCACACACACACGAGGAGCAUCGUGUGUGUGUCUGUUACCGGAAACAAGAGGUCAUUGACUUGAGUCACUGUAUGCAAAUGUUUUGUUUUUGUUUGUUUUUCUGAUUAAUUUAUAAUCCAGUUGGACGUUUGUUGUUUAGCUUGAAAGAGAUUUAUUUAUUUUCGGUUUCCUGUCGGCGAUGGCGGCGAGUUCCGGUACCAGGGAGGCUCCGGUCCGGUUCUGUUGCAACACGGUGAUCAGCAGCAGCCUUAUCGAGAACGCUCUUUAGUGACGACCACGACCUGACCAAAGGGGUUUGCCCUUCAUCUGCAGAGAACUACAAAUAUGGAUGACAGAGGGUCGUGUCCCUCCCCGGCGACUCUUCUAGACUCUUCCUGUCCAAGGCGGGGCCGCUGUCUCGUCUUCUCCUCGUAAGAGAUUAUGAAACUAAUGAAGUGACCGUAAGACGACAUCUUAA